AUGGGUUACUCUGACGUCGAUUGGAAGGCCAUCAACACCAUCCGACUGCUUGCGGUCGAUGCCACUAUCAAGGCGAACAGUGGCCACCCUGGCGCUCCCAUGGGCAUGGCCCCGGUGGCCCACGUUCUUUGGAACAAGUUCAUGACCUUCAACCCCAAGAACCCUCAAUACAUCAACCGCGACCGAUUUGUCCUCUCGAAUGGACACGGUUGUAUGCUUCAAUAUGCUCUCCUCCACCUUUUCGGCUACGGCGUCUCAAUGGACGACCUAAAACACUUCCGACAAGUUGACAGCAUCACUCCCGGCCAUCCUGAAGCUCACGACACUCCUGGCAUUGAAGUGACCACUGGCCCUCUGGGUCAGGGUUUUAGCAAUGCUGUUGGUCUGGCGAUCGCUCAAGCUCACACCGGCGCUGUUUUCAACAAGCCUGGUUAUGACCUCAUCAACAACUAUACCUACUGUUUCUUUGGUGAUGGCUGCGCGAUGGAAGGCGUCGCCAGUGAAGCUGCUUCGACUGCCGGACAUCUGCAGCUAGGCAACCUAAUCUGCAUUUAUGAUGACAACCAUAUUUCCAUCGAUGGCGAUACAAAGGUUGCUUUCACCGAGGACGUUGUCAAGCGAUUCGAAGCCUACGGCUGGCAUGUCCAGCAUGUCAAAGAUGGCGAUCACGACCUCGAGGGUAUCGAGGCCGCGAUCAAGAAGGCCCAAGAGGUGAAGGACAAGCCAUCCAUGAUCAAGUUGACUACCACUAUCGGCUUCGGCUCCAAGUUGCAGGGCACAGGCGGCGUGCACGGCAACCCUCUCAAGGUGGAUGACGCCAAACAAGUCAAGCAAAAGUUCGGCUUCAAUCCGGAGGAAUCCUUCGUGGUUCCCCAAGAAGUGUACGAUUUGUACCACAAGCACUCAGCCGAGGGUGCCGCCGCCGAGCAGGCUUGGAACGACCUGUUCAAGAGGUAUUCAAGCGAGUUCCCAGAGCUGGCCAAAGACUUUAGCCGCCGUCUUUCCCGCAAGCUCCCUGAAGGAUGGGAAAAGACCCUGCCGGUGUGGAAGCCAACAGACCCUGCGGAGGCCACCCGCAAGACGUCUGAGAAGGUCCUGGAGAGCAUCCACGAAGCUGUCCCGGAGUUGUUGUCAGGAUCUGCAGAUCUGACUGGCAGCAACAACACCCGAUGGAAGAACGCUGUCGACUUCCAGCCCCCAAGCCUUGGUAUUGGUGACUGGAGCGGUCGCUACCUGCGGUACGGUGUUCGAGAGCAUGGCAUGGCUGCCAUCAUGAACGGUAUCUCUGCCUACGGCACUCUCAUCCCGGCCGGUGGUACUUUCUUGAACUUUGUGUCAUAUGCUGCAGGAGCUGUCCGUCUGUCGUCUCUCUCGCACCAGCGAGUAAUCUAUGUCGCCACUCACGACUCUAUCGGCCUCGGUGAAGACGGCCCCACUCAUCAACCUAUUGAGACCUUGGUCCAUUUCCGAGCCCUUCCCAAUAUGAUGGUGUGGAGGCCAGCUGAUGGUAACGAGACGUCAGCCGCAUACUACAUGGCUCUUACCUCGACAUCUACGCCCUCAAUCCUGGCUUUGACCCGACAGAACCUGCCCCAGUUGGAGAACUCAACAAUAGAGAACGCGAUCAAGGGCGGCUACGUGGCCGUCGAGGCCCAGAAUGCCGACAUCACCCUUGUCUCCACUGGAUCCGAGGUGGGUAUCUGUGUCGAUACGAUCAAAGUCCUGAAGGACCAGCACGGACUCACUGCGCGUGUUGUGUCGAUGCCGUGCACAGAAGUCUUUGACGCUCAGCCCAAGGACUAUCAGCUGAAGGUCAUUCCCGAUGGCAUCCCGGCCCUGUCCGUCGAAGUCAUGUCCACCCUCGGAUGGGAGAAGUAUUCACAUGAGCAAUUUGGGCUCAACCGAUUUGGCGCUUCCGGCCCAUACAAGGAAGUCUACAAGAAAUUCGAGUUCACGCCCGAGGGCAUUGCCAAGCGUGCCGUUGCCACGGUCGAGUUCUACAAGGGCACGAAGCCUCGAUCACCCAUCAACCGUGCUUUCCAGCAACUUAUCUAG